AGCGCUGCUGACGCAUGUCGAGUGUUUGGAUUUGAAUUCAUCAACUAGUUGAUGCGUUUAGCUUUUAGCCACCGAAGCUAACGGUUACUUCCGCAUGUGUCGGGGUACAUCCGGGUAUGUCUCUGUUGUGUGUUUGCCUAUUUCAGAAGUGGUACAGUGUGGGACUUCGGAUUCCAGACUGACCAACAGGAUCCAACGUUGGUGGACAAAGGACAGAAGAUGGCAGCAGCGGUAACGUGGACAUCCCAGUGGACACUAACAUCAGGAAGAAGGAGCAGGAGAAGAUAUAUUAUUAAACUCUUGCCCUGAUGCUGUGUUGCUUUUGACCCACGGCCUCGACUGUCCGCGAAGGCAGCAUGCAACCCGGAAGUGGAGGCUCAGAGUAGCGGAAGUCAGUGGACGGCGGCGGCAGCAGGUCCGAGUCCGGGUUUAACUUCACGCUGUCGGUGUCGCACGGUUCAUCGGCGGCGGUUUGUCGGGAGUCAACGUGUCCGAGUUCAUGACGUCGCCGAGUUUCACGGAUGAUUCCUCUAAACCGUUUCCAGUCGAUGUAAACGAGUCCACGAAGGACACAGAGUCGAGGAGCGGACCGGCUGAUGAUCGGUCUGUGGUGACGUGCCAUGUCGAACCCCACGAUCAACGUGUGCCUGUCCGGUGACCCGGCCCAGAAGAGGACAGGGAAGUGCAAAAACCGGCGUUUUUUUAAAGACGUGCAACACUUCGGGCAACAGGGACACGUGGAAGGGAGACGGAGAGACGACCCCCCCGGUGGGCCCAGACAUUUCCAGACCCCUCUCCACAACGGCAUGAGGUCAGAGGCCACUUCCACACAAAGCACCAGUUUACCUCGGCCCGGCGGCUCGUGGCCUUCAGCGGCCGCUCACCGCCUGCCGGCCUCCACCCUGAACGCCAACAGCCGAGGAGGCCACGACAAGCCAAAGGAACCCGUGACCUUAAAGUCUGCAGCCGCCGACCCCGGCCCCUCGGGAUCGAGCAGCACCAAACCCGCUGCCACAUCCACCGCCAUCCCCACAAAGUUCCUCGCCAUGGACUGUGAGAUGGUGGGGGUGGGGCCUAAAGGGCACAUCAGCCAGCUGGCCCGCUGCAGCAUCGUGUCCUAUGAUGGAGACGUCAUUUACGACAAGUUCAUCAACCCCUCCAUGCCCGUUACUGACUACCGCACCCGGUGGAGUGGAAUCCGGCACCGGGAUCUCAUCAAGGCCACGCCGUACCCGGAGGCCCGGAAGGAGAUCCUGAGGCUGCUGAUGGGGAAGGUGGUGAUCGGCCACGCCAUCCACAACGACUUCAAGGUGCUCGGCUACUCUCACCCGGCGGCCUUGACCAGAGACACGUCGCGGAUCCCACUGCUCAACCUGAAGGCGGGCUUCUCCGAGCACGAGUGUGCGUCCCUGAAGAGACUCACCAAGGCCAUUUUCAACCGCGACAUCCAGACUGGGAAGAAGGGUCACUCGUCUGUGGAGGAUGCAAAAGCAACAAUGGAGCUUUUCAAAGUGGUGGAGGAGGAGUGGGAGAGGAGGUUCGCCUCCAAGCCGCAGGGCAGAUAACGCCAGGGCUGCGGAGACGCCGUGGAAGUUGAACUGAAUAGUAACGAGCAUUGAGGUGCAGCAGGUUAUGUGAUCUGAACUCACUGCAGCUUCGAGGAUCAACCCACUGUAAGUGUCCCGGGAACAAGUGAAUGAAGAAACCAGGAAGAGGGGAGCUGCUCCUUCAGAGCGCUGGAGAAGAAGAACAUGAGCGACUGUGCAGAGACCUGGAGUUUCAACAGAAAGAGUCUUACUCAGGUUUCUAUUUGUUAAGAUGGUGCGUCUGCCACUAGGGGACAGUCAGGUAUUCAUCCCAGCAACAAACAUACAUUAUUGAAACAGCAUCUGUGAUGGCAAACACCAAAAAAAACUGUUUUAAUCAGAGCAGAAGCUCAGCUGCUCGUGGUCAAGGUCUCGCUCCUGAUGGGAAAAAAAUAUUUUCAAGUCUGACCUCAACUGCUGCUGAUGGAGCUCCAUCAUGUGUCACUCAUUAGACCUCUGUGGUUUUUAUUUGUCUUUUAAUCAAAUCAGAGAAACAGAACUGGCUCAUUAUUCAGGAUUUGAGCAUUUACACACACACAUUUUAAAAAGUGACUAAACAUCUUGUUUGGUUUUUUUUUUUAUCUUAAUGUUUAAAAAAAAAGAAGCUAAGAUUUGUGAAGCUGCUCUUGAUCAUGUGAAGGUGUUUGUGAUGCACAGUAGAUAAUUCUAUAAGCUCAUAAACACCUCAGGUCCUGGUGCAGAAGACCAGGAGCUUCAAAAUGAAUGUGGUCGCUGGUCAUGGUCUCAGCAAUUCAUUGUACAGGUAACAGAUUGUUAAUCCCCCAAAGUAUAUAGGGGGGGGGGGGGGGGGG